ACUGACGUGUCGUAACUGUCAAAAUUUUGUUGUGGUGGCAUUGGGUCGUUGUGUUUAUGUGAAAAAUCUAGAAUUUAAUACAGGAAAAUGGAUUUCUUCUCAUCAAUACCAACUCACAUUGAUUACGCUGGGCAGGCGAAAGCAGAAAAGCUGUACAGAGCAAUAAUUACGCUAUUCAGCAUAGUUGGUUUUGUAUGGGGUUAUAUUGUCCAGCAAUUCUCCCAAUCUGUCUACAUUCUUGGUGCCGGUUUCAUCCUAGCUGCCAUCCUGACCGUACCUCCAUGGCCCUUGUACCGUCGUAACCCUCUCAACUGGCAGAUCCCGAAGAAUCCCGAAGAAAAACCCUCUGGCAAGAAAGGGAAGAAAUGAAGGCUUAAUGUGAUAUUUAUAUUGUCUUUUGACGUUAUUCUCAGAUUAAAUUGCUUAUAAGUUUA